AGAGAGAGAGAGAGACAGAGCGAGAGAGAGAGAGAAACAGCAUCAUUGAUCGACGCCAGCCUGCCACCACUCUGUAGCUCUGAGUGCCUGCAACCUAAAGCACAGAAAAGCGUUGCUCUCUCUCUCUCUCUCUCUCUCUCGCUCCCCCCCUCUCUCCUCCUCCUCCUCCUGCUCUCUCUCUCUCGCUCGCUCUCUCCUCUCUCCCCUGCUCGCUGCAUCGCUUCAGAGUGCGGGACUCGCUGCGGAUCGCCUGCCGUGUCUUCGCCGCUCGGAAGCUGGCUCCCAUCAACAAGUUAGGGGGUCUGCGCGCGCCCCCCGAGCCGGCAGAGCCCGCCGGAGGAUCUUAAAUCAGCCAGCGAGCCCACCUCGGUCGCGGAGGGGGGAUCUGGGGGGGGGAGGAAAAAAAAAAAAGGAGAAAAAAAAGAAGAAGGGGGGGGAAGGAUUUCUGUUCUCCGAGAUCGCUUUGGAUGCAAAUUUCCAACUCCAACUAAAAAAAACAUAUAAAAAAUUACAGCUUUGCUGCGGACGAGGGGAGAGAAGGUCCUUUUUUCCCAAAUUGAGAUUUAAGAGGGGGGGGGGAAAGAGCGCGACGACAGGAAAAGGCACACGGAUCAACGAGGAGAAAAAAAUUAACCGAAAAAAAGAGGAAAUUGGGGGGUGGGGGUGGGGGGGGGCUCUGGUGGAAGGCAGCGUCGUCGUCGGACAUGGAAUUUGCGCCUCUGUCAGGGCUGAGGGGAUUGGGUCUGGCUUUAUUUCGGCAGUGCACGACUCCCUUUGUGUUUCCUGAAAGGGGCUUUUCAGCGCUGGAUUCCCCUUCCGACUGGGUGCCCACGGAGUCCGGCCAGGAGGACAGUUGAAUGCAGCCUCCGAUGUGCACAAAAGAAUGGGGUUCCCUUCGCGGCGGGAUCUGGCGGGACUGUCCCCGGCGGCGCUCGGCGCCAUGGGUCCGCUCUGGCCGCUGCUGCUCGCGCUGCUGCUCGGGCUGCUACUGAGCGCGCUCCCCGCCUCGUGCACCACCUGCCCGCAGAAGUGCCGCUGCGAGGACCUGCAGUUCUACUGCGACACGCAGGGCCUGCGGGCGCCCCCGGACGGCGUGGACCGCGGCGCCCUGGGCCUCUCGCUGCGCCACAACGCCAUCGGCGAGCUCAGCCCCGACCAGUUCUACGGCUUCGCCCAGCUCACCUGGCUCCACCUGGACCACAACCAGAUCACCGGCGUCCGCGAGGACGCCUUCCAGGGCCUCUACAAGCUCAAGGACCUCAACCUGAGCUCCAACCGCAUCGCCCGCCUGCCCAACACCACCUUCAUCCACCUGGUCAACCUGCAGAUCCUGGACCUGUCCUUCAACCAGCUGACGGCCCUGGAGCCCGAGCUCUUCCACGGCCUGCGCAAGCUGCAGAUCCUGCACCUGCGCUCCAACUCGCUGCGCACCACGCCCGUGCGCGCCUUCUGGGACUGCCGCAGCCUGGAGUACCUGGGCCUGAGCAACAACCGGCUGCGCAGCCUGGCGCGCAACGGCUUCGCCGGCCUGGUCAAGCUGCGCGAGCUGCACCUGGAGCACAACCAGCUGACCCGCGUCAACCUGGCGCACUUCCCGCGGCUGGUGGCGCUGCAGUUCCUGCACCUGCAGUGGAAUAAGAUCAGCAACCUGACGUGCGGCGGCAUGGAGUGGAGCUGGGCCACGCUGGAGAAGCUGGACCUGACGGGCAACGAGAUCCGGGCGCUGACGCCGGACGUGUUCCUGACGCUGCCCGGCCUGAGGGUGCUGCUGCUGGACAACAACAGGCUGAGCAGCCUGGAGGCGGACACCCUGGACACUUGGGGCUCGCUCAGCACCGUGGGCCUCUCCAGCAACCUGUGGGAAUGUAGCAAGCGCAUCUGCCCGCUGGCCGCCUGGCUGGGCGCCUUCCGCGGGCGCUGGGAGCACGCCAUCCUGUGCCACAGCCCCGAGUACGCGCAGGGCGAGGAGAUCCUGGACGCCGUCUACGGGUUCCAGCUUUGCCAGAAUUUUUCGGCGGCGGCGGCGGCGGCCGGGGGAGGGUUCGGGGGCGGGGCCGCCCCGGUGGCGCCGGCCGGGGCCCCGCCCCCCUCCGGGGCUCCGCCCCCGCCCCCGCGGGAGGCCUCGAGCAACUCCUUUGGAAUUAUGCACACGCCCACGCAGGACUUCUAUGCAGAGGAUUUUAGGAGCUUUACCACGGUCGCCGUCGCCCCGGACGCGCCCUACAACCCCGCCCCCGACGCCACCGCCUCUGCCCCGCCCCCCGGCGCCGCGGCCCCCGCCACCCCUGGCACCGACCGCCCCGGGGUCACCACGGCGGAGGGCGCGGCGGGGGAGGGGCCGGGGGCGGGCGUGACGGACGAGGGGGAGUUCUCGGAGCGGGACACGGUGCUCACCCAGCGGGUGAUCAUCGGGACCAUGGCCCUGCUCUUCUCCUUCUUCCUCAUCAUUUUCGGGGUGUACGUCUCGCGCAAGUGCUGCCCCCCCACCCUGAGGAGGAUCCGCCACUGCUCCGCCAUGCAGGCCCGCCGGCAGAUGAGGACCCAGGCGCGGCAGCCCAUGGCCGACCUGGCCACCCAGGUGCCCUACAACGAGUACGAGCCCAGCCACGAGGAAGGGGCGCUCGUCAUCAUCAACGGCUACGGGCAGUGCAAGUGCCAGCAGCUGCCUUACAAAGAGUGCGAAGUGUGAACUCACCUUUGACCCCCUGCCCCCCCACCCCCCCCCCGCUGCUCGCUGCCAUUCGCCCAUUCCAGUCCAAAACAGGGUUUGUUUCUUCCUUUCCCCGUUUGUUAUUUUCCAGUUUAUAUAUUAAAAAAAACGAAAUGAUAUAUAUAUAUAUAUAGACACACGCACAUACACACAAACAAGCACUCCUUAGCUCUGAAACUUAGAGGCACUUGGGAUUUUGCGGGCUAAUGAGAAAGUAGCAGAACUGAGGAGUCCGAUUCUUUUUUUUUUUUUCGUUGCAAAUCCGUUUGUUUGCCGUUGGAUUUCCAGGAGAAUUAACUCUUUUUAAGUUAACAGAUGUAAAGAAUUAUUCACAAAUUUAUUUUUGUAAUAUGAAUACAAGAGGUCAUAUCGAGCAGGCGAACUGCUGCGUCGGCUUGUGAAGGCGAUGCGACCAAUCGCUCGCUCGAGCCGCUUUGCGACAUGGAGGAUGAGAGGUUCGAGACGGGAGAGAGAUUCAUACUUAAAAGGAGGGGGAAAAUAUCGUUCUAGAAACUUGCGAUGCUUGAGAUGACUAUUCGAGGAGUAACUCUGCCCUCUUCUGAUAGACACGGAACUGCAAUUUCCGAGAUGUGGAUGUUUCUCUGUAUUUAAAAAAGGAAAA